AAAACAGGGCAUUAUUAUACCUUUAUAAACACAGACAGCAUGAUAAGUGGAGUGUGUGUAAACGGAGGAAAUUUUAAUAAAACGUGUCCGGAAUAUAUGGGUUAAAAUUAAUCCUGUGAUAGUUAUCGAAGUUUCUUUCAUGAAGCUAUUUAUUGGAUACCAUGAUAAUUGUAGUUGUGGUCUAAUAAAUAAGUGUUCAAUCUUGAAGCUGGAGUGCAGUCUUUGUUUGCGUGUAUAUUGUGUUGGAUAUUCCUGUGUUGAAUUGCCUUAUAGAAAGAAAACGUUUGAGAUAUUUAUGUAAACAAUUAAGCAUGCGUGAGUCACAUGGUGUUUGGUUGUGUUUACUUUUACCAUACCCUUAAAACAUGUUGAUAUAGUUAUAUUACAAUCUGUCAAAUGACAUGCUGCUAAAAUAAAAUAAAAACAAUCGAGGCCAAAGUCCCUUCAAGCAAUAUUAUGCCCACGCGCAUCAAGGAAGAAUGUCGACAAAUCGACUGUCGUUUCCAACACCACGUGACAUAUCACAUGUUAUACGUAAUUGCGGAUGUGCGAUUCUCCCUUUCUAAAACCGUGGUGGCGAAUCGUUAAUUGAAAAUGGCUUUCAAUAUUUAUCGGAGCAGAAUGAUUCAGUUACUAAUUCGAAAUCUUGUGACAUUUGAUGUUAUAUUGAACACCGUGUAUUACUUUUGAUGUUGACUACUUUUAAAAUCCGUUCAACAAACAAGAGCACAAGUGAUGAAUUCCACUCAAAAGGCCAUAUAAUCGUAGUCUAUGUUGACAAGAGGAAUGCAACAUAUCAAGGAAUGUAUGUUAUGUUUAUGCUUAUCCAUUAACAAAGUAUCCAGUACAUGCUAGUGGUGCAGUAUGGCCGCUAACACACACCUGAUCGGCGACAAGGAGACCAAUAAUUGGUUCAAAGCGUACAUAGGACUCAAUGUUACGAAGGAAGGACUCACUAACUUUCUUUGCGCAGAAUUACAGAAAGUACACACCGUUGUUGGUAGAAGUUGUGGAAACUGCCCAAUUGAAAACCUCAUACAAUGUCCGACAAACCCAUAUUGUAACAAAAGGAAACGAAAUUAUUGUCCUUUUCACAAAUCACAGAAACCGCAGCCAUGCCCAAUAUGUGAUAAUGUAAAAGAUAAUAUCAUAUUACACCACAGAUAUGGUAAACCUUCCUGGAGGAACACUCGUGCGGAAAAGUGGGCACAAAAUGAUUGGGAAAUAGGCAAAUGCUACCUCCCUCCGGACGGAUAUAGCAGCAUUUCCUCGAUGCAGGAAUCGGACUUUAAUGGUGUGAUAAACAUCAUGUUGAAUUGCCUACAUUUCCAGACAUGUCUCUCCCCCUUAUGUUUAUCACCUCCACCGCCUGAUAAGCAAUGUCCACUAGAAAAGGUCCGUCAGAUUGGCCGAGAUAUGCGACACACAUCCGACUGCAAGGUUACAGAUGCUGACUUGAAAGACUAUUUCAAGACACUGUCCACGCUCCUGGCUGACCCACAGUACUUACAACAUGAUCCUUCAGCCAUCAUAGCAUGUACAAGACUUAGUGAUUUGCAGAAUGAUCGUAUGUCCUUUGAAGAACUGGGCAAGCUGUUGAAAGAAGCCAAUCACACUCUCGAAGAUGCAAAAAAGGCCGGCGAAUGUUUUUCUGAGAAGGCAAAAAGGACCUUGAAAGAACUGGAGGCAGGUUUGCAUGAACUGUCCGCUCAGGCACUUAGAGGGAAACAAGACAUACAAUCGGCAACAAUGAUAGGAUGUAACACUCUAAUAUCCACCACAGAGGCAGGUGUGCAUGAACUGAAAGCCGCAAAAGAGGACAUUGUGGCUCAAGUAAAAAAGGAAGUCAGAGAUUUCAAGACAAAUGGUGACGAAGUGAACUAUUCGAAACGAAAAGAAAUGCUAUUAGAUCUGAUGAUUGUACAUUACGACAACACACUUAGUACCAUCACAACCUCGCCAUUGCAUGACGGUAUUCACGCUAGGGUAGAUGAUAUUUACAUGCCACCCAAAUUACAGCUGAUGGAAAAAGUCAAGGGGGCCUUCCAGAAAACUAAUACAACGAUUACGAAAUACAGCAACGUUUUUUUUAAAGGAUGGUAAAUACAACCGAAAAAUGUUCAUUCAAGGCGAGGCAGGGUCUGGCAAAUCCACGUUUCUCGCCAUAUUAGUUAGAGACUGGUGUUGUAUAACUAGCAAAGCAUCAGGUAAACAGUUCCAGACGGACGAAACUUACACUGACGAUGCUUAUGCACGAUUGAGACCCUCUGAUGUCUUUGAAGAUUUAACGACCCUGAAAGUGUACACGUUCGUUUUCCAUGUCACUCUAAGGGAUUCAGUCAACGAGUUAAACAUUUUAGAGAUGCUUAAAAGUCAAAUAAUUGACUCAAUUUACGGCGAUAAGGAUAGACGCGAAAAUGCAUACCGACUACUGAAUGAGAUCAUUGAACGUGAACGCUGCUUGGUAUUACUGGAUGGUCUAGAUGAGUGGACCUGCAACAAAGGUAAAAGCCUACCGGAAUUGGCUGUAUCUCACAGACAGUGUGAUGUGUUGAUAACAACUCGACCUUGGAAAGUGACAGAAGCGAUAAUACCUGACGCGAAAAUUGACAUGCUGCUUCAACUGGAAGGGGUUAACGAGCCUUUUGAGUUUAGCAGAAGACUGCUUGGCUGUAUGGAUGAUUGUAAAGAUAGCAUGAUGUUGGACAAAAAACAAUCAGAAUUUGAAUCAUACAUAAUGAAAAAUGACUUGGGAAAGUUUCUGAUUUCACCAAUGCUAUUGCAAUUGAUAGUUCACUCAUGGGUUGAAGGGACUGAAAUGAACGGCUCCAUGUGUGAAAUAUACAGUCUCUUCCUGGAAAGUCUUCUUAAGAAGGCAAACAAGAAAAAAAGAAAAUUUCAAUCGCCACCCGUCCAAUGCUUCAAAGACACUGAACACAUACGGCCAAAUAUUGAAAACGUUGAUCGUCUUGCUAAAGCGGCAUUCCAUUUGCUGUUUUCAAAUACCAGAGAAAGUUCACUAGUGUUUAACGAUACAGAUUUGGAGCGAUUUGAAUUAGAUGAAGAACGAAAGGAGUUUGCAUUAAAAUCCGGUAUUUUAUCGGCAACACGAAAUUCGUCUGCAUUGCGAUCAUCUUCUUCAUUUUCCUUCAUCCAUAAAAGCAUACAGGAAUUCCUCACUGCUUUUUAUAUCGCCUGCAAUACCCAUCUAAUUGAUGACAUCAUUUCCGGUUAUCUCAACCGUUACAAGGAUGAAUACAUGGACAUUUCACAGGUGUUUAUAUUCCUUUGUGGACUGGAAAUAUCAGCUGCGAAUAAGCUAUCCAGCAUGAUGAAUGACCGCGAUGUUGAUUCGCAUAGCAUGAUGAAUGAACGCGAUGUUUAUUCGCUUAAUAAUAAGUUUACAAAAAUCAUACUAUCAGGAUACAGAGAAGCUGUAGCGAAUAAACAUUAUGACAGUAACCUCAAACUCAGUCACUUUGAUUUCCACAAACCGAUCACUGAAAUAGGAGACGUCCACAACAUCUGGAUACAAAACACGUCAAAUAUUCUGUCAUUGGAACUACACAUAUAUGAACGAGGCGAGUCUGCAUCUCAUUAUGAGUUUGACCUGUCAUCGUGUAGCAAGCUGAAAACGUUAGUACUAUCGGGGAUAGGGAUAUGGCUAAAAGAUUCGGCUUGUUCGUCUGUGUCAGAACAUCCGGUCUGGAUUGUUCUAAACAGUGCAGCCUCUUUACCAGUACUACCCUGCAUAGAACGGAUUGUAUUGGACAUAGUUACAAUUUCCUCUCGAGGUCUACACAGUCUGCUCAGCUCUCUGUUGACACUCGAUCAUGAGGUUACGUGUUUUCUGUCCUUGUGUAGCAUAACAUCGAGUGUACAAGGAUCUUAUAAAGGUACAGACGUUGAUAUGAAGGUGUUCAACAAUACAUUAGAAAUGGACGUUACUGAAGACAGUCCCGGUCUGUGGGAGGCGCUCCAUAGUCUCAAUAUCAAGAGUCUCAGUCUGAGAAGUCUUCACGGGGUGAACCAUGGGGAGCUGUUGUACCAGUCACUAUCAUCGCUCACACAACUGAAAACGCUUACAAUUCAUUUGCGUACAUAUAUCGUCAUUCAGCCACCUCAAUCAUUGAAGAAUUUAAAUAUUUACUUUGAUUCAUUGCUUCCAUCUCAAUUACGUGACCUUAUGGACACACUGCGUGCAUGUACUCAGACAAUUGAGAGUAGGCUUGAAUUCGGCUGUGCGAUGUUAACUUAUGUCGAUGAUAAUCAUGGUAAGGAACGCAUACAGCAAAUCGCACCGGAGGAGUACAUUCCCAUCGUACAGGAACUGGAGACGCUGAAGAAUGUUGCAGUGAAGCGAUUCCGAAUAUUAGACCGGACACGUAAAAACCGAAGGUUUGGAGAAGAUAGGGAUGUUUCUUGCUGGUCUGUUCGUAGCAAUGGUGAUAUCGAUGACGAUAAACAAAACGGUGAUAACUUUAAAGAUAAGCAGCUAUAUACACAGUUCGUUCAAUGUCUGGAUAAUAAAAUCAUACAUCGAAUAUCAAUGCGACUUCUGAUUACUUCAGCCUCGACAUCAGGAGUAAGCAAUCAAUGCGGUUGCAACACAUGAUUUUACUAUGAACAGUUGUGUGUUAAUGUCUGGAAAGGUUUGUGCAAAUAAUAAUAUCUCUUACUUGGAUAGCAUACAUAGAUCGUUAUAUUUCUAUAGAAUUUUCUUUUCUUGUAAAUGUUAUGGUAAACAGAUUUUAUUGAAUACGUGUCGUUUUACAAUGUUUAACAUCUUUGCAUGAACUAUUCAAUGUAUGCAUUGUUUUUAGUUCACGUUUAACCCAUUUAUGCGUCUAGAAAAAAGGCCUUGGCAAAAAGCGUAGACACAGAUGAGACACCGCAUGAUGCGGCGUCUCAUCAAGGUUUGCGCUGUUUGCUUAAAGGAAUUUCUGUUAGAAAUAUUCUACAUAUAAAAAUAAAUAUACUAGACAUCACUCAUUUUGGAAAUAAAUUGAUCCAAUUUAGAACAAUGGGAGAGUCCACUAGGCUUAAAUGGGUUAAUAGCGAGAAAUGUAUGUACACGUUUCGAACAUUCUCUAGAUCUACAUUUAAAGAAAAAUCAACCCAUAUAUAUUGCAAAAUAACAAACAAUAAGGAUACGUGUUUGGUUAUAGAAAACACACCUCGUUUCGUGUAAGAAGUCAUCAUGUAAUACUAUCUGUUAAUUUGAACCGUGUUCAUAGUGCUUGUGAUUUGUUUAUUUUAUCAGUACCAAGAUACAUUAUAACUAUAAUGUAACUUUGCUAAAUUUAGCAAGAAAAAGAAGAUACAUACUUUUAUUUCUCAUACAGCUUUACUUUAUUUUACUUUUAUUUCUCAUACAGCUUUACUUUAUUUAAAAACACUUCAAUGUUUCUAAACUAUUUAUUAUUGUUAUGUCGCCAAAAAUUCACAUUUUUAUUUUUUAUUACGAAUUUCAUUAUAUAUAUAUAUAUUAUGCUAAUGUAUAUAUACACUUUAAUGUUUUGUUAGUUAUUGUGGACGAAGUGUGACGUGUUUACUCCUCAAAUGGGUUUCUAUUGAGAAAUUACGAUCUUAAUAGUUUUUUUUAAGGAAUAAAACGUUUGAUAAAUAAAAACUCUACAAUAAAUGUUCAGAAAAGGAAAACGAGUAAUAAACGAACGUACAGAUUUAUUCACUUUCAAAUACCAUUUUGCUGUCAAGAAGGAAACUGCUUCAUGUGCAAAUGUCAUAUUCUUUGUUUGGAAACCACGUCAAUAUAUCGACACAUAGUAACAAUGCGCCUUGUUCUGAGAAAACUGGGCUUAAUGCAUGUGCGUUAAGUGGAAUCCCAGAUUAGCCUGUGCAGUCCGCACAUGCUAAUCAGGGACGACACUUUCCGUCUAAACUUGAUUAUCGGUAAGGACCUCUUUAAAACUAAAAAUACCAUAAAAACGCGGAAACUGUCGUCCCUGAUUAGCCCGUGUAUUCAACACAGGCUAAUCUAGGACGACACUUUACGCACAUGCAUUAAGCAUGCAGAACGCGUCUCAAAUGCUGGAUCUUUAGCAAAUACGAAUGCACGUUUUGGUAUCGGCGUGUACGUUUUCGUAAUAAAUAUCAUUAAACUAAAGAGCAGUUGAUUGAUGGUGCCAAAUAACGGUUGCAUUUUUAACCCAUUAAUGCCUAGUUGACUCUCCCAUCCAUCUAAAUUAGAUCAAUUUAUUUCCAAAAUUAGGGAUGUCUUGUAUAUUUAUUUCUAUAUUUAGAAUAUUUCUAAAAGAAAUUCCUUUACGCAAACAGCGCAAAUUCUGAUGAGACGCCGCAUCGUGCGGCGUCUCAUCUGGGUCUUCGCUGUCUGCCAAGGCCUUUUUUCUAGACACUAGGCAUAAUGGGUUAAGCUUAACAGCAUUUGAUUGAUGGUUCCAUUUAACGAUUGCAUUUUUUUACUAUGAAAUUCUUCGUACAUAUUCACUUGUUAGUUUGGAUUGCGAGAAUAAAAUGUUUACAUUGAA